AUGAAUCAGUUAACUGUUGAAACUGACGAUACUUUUGCAAGCUUGCUUGAGUUCGCUGCUAACAAUGAUGUUGAGGGCUUUAAGCGAUCUAUUGAGCGUGAUCCCUCUUGCAUUGAUCAGAUUGGACUGUGGUAUGGCCGACAAAAGGGCUCUAAGCAGAUGGUUAAUGAAUACAGGACCCCGUUGAUGGUAGCUGCUACAUAUGGUAGCAUUGAUGUUGUCAAGGUGAUUCUUUCAUUAUCUGAUGCUGAUGUCAAUCGCUCCUGCGGUAUUGACAAGAGCACUGCCCUUCACUGUGCUGCCUCAGGUGGGGAUUUGAAUGCUGUUGAUGUUGUGAAAAUGCUUUUAGCAGCAGGUGCUGAUGCUAACGUGGUAGAUGCCAAUGGUCACCGUCCAAUUGAUGCUAUUGUUUCUCCACCUAAGUUCCAAGGAGUGAGGUUGACUCUUGAAGAACUCCUUGCUGCUGAUGGUGCUGUUAUUGAGAACAAUCUAAGGGUUUCCAUAUCAAAUUCAAAUUCUCCGCCUCUUUCACCAUCCCUGGAAGAUGGGUCUCCUCUGUCAGGUUCAGAUUCCCCAAUGAAUUCAAAGCUAAAUGAAGCACCGAUUUCCUUUGUAUCAGAGAAGAAAGAAUACCCCGUCGAUCCAUCUCUCCCAGAUAUCAAGAACAGCAUCUAUUCUACUGAUGAAUUCCGAAUGUAUUCUUUUAAGGUAAGGCCUUGUUCCCGUGCAUAUUCCCAUGAUUGGACUGAGUGCCCAUUUGUUCACCCAGGUGAAAAUGCUCGAAGAAGGGAUCCUAGAAAGUUUCAUUAUAGCUGUGUUCCAUGUCCUGAUUUUCGGAAAGGGGCUUGUAGACGUGGAGAUAUGUGUGAAUAUGCUCACGGGGUCUUUGAAUGCUGGCUUCACCCUGCUCAAUAUAGAACCCGGCUGUGCAAAGACGGUACAAAUUGUAUGAGGAGAGUUUGCUUUUUUGCUCACACCGUUGAGGAACUCCGCCCAUUAUAUGUAUCCACAGGUUCUGCUGUUCCCUCUCCUCACUCUAGUACAUCAGGUGCUGCUGCCAUGGAUUUUGCUGCAGCCAUGAGCCUCUUGCCAGGUUCUCCUUCAGCACCCAUCAUGUCUCCUUCACCAUUCACUCCACCCAUGUCUCCAUCUGCCAAUGGUGUGUCACAUUCUUCCAUGGCUUGGCCCCAACCAAAUGUCCCAGCUUUGCAUCUCCCUGGAAGCAAUCUCCAGUCCAGUCGCUUGAGAUCUUCCCUUAACGCUAGAGACAUUCCAGCAGACUACAACUUGCUUCCGGAUUUUGACGUGCAGCAACAACAGCUUCUGAGUGAGUUAUCCAGUCUCACUCAACCAUCAUUGAGCAAUAACUCCUUGAAUCGCUCUGGUCGAUUGAAAACCUUAUCCCCUUCAAAUCUUGAUGAUCUAUUUUCUGCUGAGAGCUUAUCUCCUCGGUAUGCUGAUCAAGCAUUGGCUUCAGCGGUUUUCUCCCCAUCCCACAAAUCUGCAGUUCUCAACCAGUUCCAGCAGCAACAAAGCAUGUUAUCACCGAUCAACACAAAUUUUUCUCCUAAAAAUGUUGAUCACCCGCUGUUGCAGGCUUCUUUUGCAUCAGGCAGGAUGUCACCCCGAAAUGUGGAACCUAUCUCUCCAAUGAGCUCCUGGGGGUCUAUGCUAGCUCAACGAGAGAAGCAGCAGCAGCAAUUGCGUAGUCUCAGCUCUCGGGAACUAGGCUCCAAUACUGCUUCCAUUGUUGGAUCCCCAGUUAACUCUUGGUCACAAUGGGGUUCUUCUAAUGGGAAGCCGGACUGGACUGUUAGUGCAGAUGAAUUUGGUAAGCUACGGCGAUCAAAUUCAUUUGAGCUUGGUAAUGGAGACGAGCCUGAUGUAUCAUGGGUUCAGUCACUUGUUAAAGAAUCUCCAACUGAGAUGAAAGAAAAGUCAACAGUCAAUGUCUCUGAAAGCGUUGCAGCAAGUGCUUCAUCAAGUGAGAGUUCAAAUAUGAACUCCCGACCUGUUGACCUCGACCAUGUGGAUGUGAUAGGCUCAUGGGUUGAGCAAUUGCACAUUGAUCAUCUUGUGGCACAGCAAAACUAA